AUGGCGUUGCUGGUGCGAGUCCUUAGGAACCAGAUUAGCAUCUUCCAGUGGGUUCCAGGAUGCAGCCGAUUGCUACUUGCGUCUCGUACACAGGGACAGUGGGGCAGGGCUCUGUCUGGUACUUUCCAGAUGAGCCAGGCCCUAGCAUGUGGUGGAUCAGUACAAAUUCCUGGAGUAGACAUUGAGCUGAGGAGGAAGUAUCAUACCACAAGUAAGCUUUCUUCUACCAAGGAUUCACCGCAGCCUGUUGAGGAGAAGGUUGGUGCUUUCACAAAGAUAAUAGAAGCCAUGGGAUUCACAGGACCUCUGAAAUACAGUAAAUGGAAAAUUAAGAUUGCGGCCCUGCGCAUGUAUACCAGCUGUGUGGAGAAAACUGACUUCGAGGAAUUCUUUCUAAGGUGUCAGAUGCCUGAUACAUUCAAUUCAUGGUUUCUUAUAACUCUGCUUCAUGUCUGGAUGUGUCUAGUCCGAAUGAAGCAAGAAGGCCGGAGUGGGAAAUACAUGUGUCGUAUCAUGGUUCAUUUUAUGUGGGAGGAUGUUGAGCAGCGUGGCAGAAUCAUGGGGGUUAAUUCCUAUAUCCUGAAGAAGAACAUGAUGCUUAUGACAAAUAAUUUCUAUGCCGCAAUCUUAGGAUAUGAUGAGGGGAUCCUUUCAGAUGACCGUGGGCUGGCGGCCGCCCUCUGGAGAACCUUCUUCAACCAGAAAUGUGAAGACCCUCGACACCUUGAAUUGUUGGUAGAAUAUGUGAGGAAACAGAUACAGUACCUGGACUCCAUGAACGGUGAGGAUCUGCUUCUGACAGGGGAGGUCAGCUGGCGCCCUCUAGUGGAGAAGAAUCCUCAGAGCAUCCUGAAGCCUCAUUCCCCAACUUAUAACGAUGAGGGUCUUUGA